UAAUAAUUUAUCAUUUUAAAUAUUAUGCAUAAUUUAUUAAGAUUAAAUAUAGUAAGUAUUAAAUCACAUAUUGAGGCAAUAAAUAGAACUGGUCUGAAUUUAAAAAAAUAUUGAAACAAGCUUGUAAAGACCAAAGUGACAGCAAGCUAUUUCUGAACACAACUAGAGAUAGCUCUAGCUUUUAUGAUUUUUUAUUUUAAAAAAGAUCAGAGAAUGAGAAUAUACUCACAUACAAGCUUCUAAUAUCUUUCUUGUUUGAAGAAUUAGAUCAGAAUUUCCAGGAUUGUCUCUAAAUGGAACACAAUUUUCUACUGCUUCCAACUUCUCCUUCCUUAGGUUUCAUAAGGGAUAGCAAUGGAAAAGUAAGUUUGCUUUCCUGGAAAUCUUCUUUCUUGUGGGGUGAGGGAGAUGUGAGAAUUUUCAUCAGUGGUUUUUGUCUGAAAGAAAUGACCUAAUGUUUCUUCAAGGAAUCUUUAAAAAUUAAAACCCACACCUUGACACAAAUGUAUGCACAUGGCUGCUGAUGGAGAAGGGUGACGAUUAAAAAUGUGCAAGACCACUUGAACUCUACAGUUAUUUUCUUCAAAUAAACAUGUAUGGGAGUAGAUGACUCAUCCUGCAAAGUACAGACUUAUUGAUUUCAAGCACUUCCAUUGGAACUUCCUUGCUUGGACUUCAGGGGCUUGGGGUUAUUUCUAUAUGAGUCAGAAGUUCUGAAUAAUAUUUCUACUUAGUUGACCACAGAAGUGGAAGACAAAACUCAUAAAAUUUUUUUGAGAGUCAGAAAUCAAAUUAUUGUCAGAACAGAGAAGAGAGAAAAAGAAAUAAAAAAAUAAAAGGAGAAUAGCAGGAAGCACAGAUUUCAUAGAGAUGGUUAGUCAGUAAAUGAACAUCCACCAAAUUCUAGAAUUUGUUGAAAACUGUAACUAAAAAUUAAUAUAUAAAUGGAGAUGGAAACUGUUCUCACUGAAGAAUAGAAAAGUAAACACAUUUCUAGCAGAAGUCAAUGAGCAAAGGAAGUACUGAUUAAAGACAAGAAAGCACUUACCAAGUUUUGUGGAUGUUUAAACAGUUAUCCAGUUCAUAGCAAAUGAAAAAUCAUAGACCUUGACACAUCUAGUUCAGCCCUUUUUCCAAGGAAGGACCAACUGUCCCCACAACAUUCCUGACCAGUGUUUGUGAACCUGUUAUAAAAGUUGUUUUGUUGAUGGAAAUCAAGCUUUGUCAUGGACUGUUUUGCUAUUUUCACUAAAAGAAUUAUUUCACCUGUUAUUCUCCUCAUAUCCUGUCACCGAAGGAAUUUACUCCCUUCCUCUGUGCAACUACCUUUAAAAUUACUUGAACACUAUUUUCACCUCUCACCAUCAGUCUUCUCUGCGCUAAGGAACUGAGUUCCUUCAGUCUUUUUUCACAAAUCAUGAUUUCUAGACACAGUGUCAAUAAGCAUGAAGUCGCCACUGAAGGGACAGAGGGAUCUUGGAUCUUUUUAGAAGAGCUCUAAGAGCACUGUGUCUAGGUGAUGGCUCUUGUCAAUUUGAGAGCUUCAGGAGCUCUGUGAGUCUUUUUUUUUUUUUCUUGGUAACUGUCUUUUUUUUUCUAAAAGAAUCUCAAAUUCCCUACAAGAUGUCCUGAGUAAUAUUGUUCAGUUUAAAUUAUGUUCUAGAGAAUGAAAAACAGCAUCAACAUCAGGUUUAUAAUAGCUGAGAAUUGGGAGAGUUCCUGAUUAGUAUAGGAGGUCUCUUUGCUGAGAAAUGUGACAGUGUAUAUCUGACUACUUUGCUAGGGGAAGAAGGGUCAACUGGUAGUAUAGUGCACCUAAGUAUUGAUGCUAUGAGAUAAGGAAUUAAAAAAGGAAAUUUUAGCUCAUUAUGUAAGGGGAAUUCUGUUGCCAGUCCUCAUAAUAUGUGUAUAAUUCCAUUCUGCAAAAAGCUUCCUGAUAACUGGCUUGUAAGGGUAAGAUUCAUAUUGAAUAAGGUACAAGGGUAAAAAGGAAGAUUGCUGCAUGGAUAAGGUUGUAAAAAUGCAUUCUAGUCUUUGGAAAAAAGUUACAGCCAAGAUGGAAGUUUUAGGUUACCAACCAAUGUAAAAUACAGGUUUACUUCCAGCUUUACUAUAGACUACUGGUCUGAUUUUAAGGUGCAUUUCUAUGCCUUAGUUUUCCAUUUGUAAUGACUCACCAUGAGUCAGGAGUGGAUGACUCAGAGGUUGUGGACAGUACAGCUUCUAUGGAUUGAAAUCAGAGCCAGCUUGACAGGUAGCAACAUGGAGUUUCCUGCAAUACACAGUAGCCCGAAAGACUAGCCAUACAUGUGCAGUGCAGUUCAAGCAGGUCUGCUAAAAUUUCCUUUUUACUCGAGACUGGCUUCAGCAUUCAUGUUGUUAAAACCUUUAAGCAUCUGAAAAAUGAAAAUUGUAGUACUUCUUUUUCUGAUUUGUUUAUUCUGUGAUGUUCUUCAGGUAAUUAAAUGAGCUACAGUUACAGUAUUUGUAUUUUUCAUGCAACAUAGUACAGCACUGUAAUACAGUGUAUAGCUGUAGUUGAAAAAACAUAUACCUGAUUUAAUUUUCAAUAAGCUUUGUGUCAUUCUAAUGUACAUUUUUAUGUACAAACUGGGUUCUUUUAAAUUAUUGUCUAUUGCCAUUACUUCUUGCCUUUGAGUUUUGACAUUCCCUCUGUCAAUUCUGCAAUUCCUUAAGAAUUUCAAAUGUUCUGACUUAACAUAAGUAUCUCUAUCUAACUAAAACAACCAUAAUAAUCUAAAUACCACUAUAUUUCCUUCCCUAAAAGUUCAGAAAUGUAACUGAGAAAUGAAUGUUCUGCAAAGACCCAGUUGUUUCUAUUUGCUUAAUAACUUUAGUCUCUCAGUAUCUACCAUGUGGUUCACAACUUUACAGAAGCCAAAAAAAGCAGAUGGUCUGAAUACCCUUGUUCGUGCUCCCUCCCCAUUAACACAUAUCAUGGGAAUCUAUUCCUGAAUAUGGACUCGUCCUCUGAAGCACUGACAUGUUAAAGAAAAGCCGUAUAGUACCUGCUUGCAUCAGACUCACUGAGUGCCUCCAGCUUUAGUCCAGUACUCCAAAAUCUCGUAUCAUUAGUUAUCAUUUACAUUAAAUACAUAAUGAAAUUAAAAUCCAUCCAAAUAUUAAAAAAAAAAUAAUUUUUGGAAACUAGGUGUAAAAUUAAACUUUGCAGCAUGCGUCAUCCCAACUAGUUAUUUCAUCACACUGAUUUGUAACACAUCUGUUCUUGCUUGUGGACUUUAUGAAUGUUACUAAAUAGGUAAGUAAUUGGCCAAACAUGUAUUAGAUUUACCUCUUUCAGAUCCAAAGCCACAGCACAGCAGUCUCCACUGUGAGCAGGAAAGCGUGUGAUUUCUUUCUAUACCGCUCAGUGAUAGAUGUCAGCCCCACAUGUACAGCCACUCCUGCAGAGUUACGAAAUGCUACUCUGUGGUCUUGGUGCCCAGGCUUCUCAGCACGUCUGUAAGAAAAUGCAUCAUGGUUAAUUAUAGAUUGCCAUAAAACAGAACUAAUUUCUGAAUAAUUCAGCUUUUGAUAUUAACUUUGCAUCUGAAACCAUUUUCCAAUAUGAGAUGGAACAAAAUAUAAAGGCAGCAUUGACCUCUAGUUGCAUUAAGAUUGGAUUUAGGUAAUUUCUUAAAAUAAGGCAUUCUUGAGCUUCCAUUAGCUCUGUGAAUGACCUCUAAUCUCUUUAACACAAAUUAAAAAAAAAAGCUUCUUACUCUGUAUUGUUGAAAAAACCUAAAUAAAGCAGCAGUGCCAUCUCCUGCCUGCUUGCUUUCAUGAAUGCAAAUACUCGGUUUGUAUUGCAAAGCAACCACAGGGAAGGUGGAUUUUUCUGCUGGUAGGUAACUAAGGCAAUAACAUUUUCUGAUACUUAGGGACAACAUACAUCUACAGUUCCAUAGAUGCGGCCAGUUUUCACAAGUGAACUUUUUCUGAACAUGGAAAAGAACUUCAGUCAUUUGUCCGAGAUUUCUAAAAUAUCACAUCCCAGCCAGAACAGUAGCUCAAAAUGUGUACACUUCUGUACUUGUGCUGUACACAAGGAAUACAUUAUACCUGUUAAAUAUGCUUCUGUAGAGUUAUCUGUACAUAAAUGUCCAUUUUUUAACAGAUCUAACAUAUUCCCUUGGGGUUUGCACAAGUACAGCAAGUCCAAAGCAUGAAUGAUUCAUGUGCAGAGGAAUAAUUCAAUGCAGUUGGGGUAUAUUUGAUUGUAUGCAAGCAUUUGUGUGGUCCAACUGCAGUAGAUCCAACAGGUCCCAGAUAUAUCACAUGUGCUCUGAAUCAAUAGCACAUAAGCAAGUUAGAAAGCUGGAAGUCCUAUUUCAAAUACUUUCUUUUAAAAGGUGAAGUUAUGGUAAAUUACAUUUUUCUGAACAAAAGUUGCCAGCAAAAGGCACACUGGGCCUUUAUGGCUCCAGGGACUUCUUCCCCACAUCAAGGAAGCAGGUCUGUAUGUUUGCCAUGCAGUACUGGACAAUGCAUUGUUGGAUGGAGCUUGUAGGAAACAUUAGAUAUGAGUUUGAUUGUAUCAGAAAAACUGAAAAGGGGGAGAAUUUCACUGUAUGACUUUAUCCUGUUGGAAUAUGUCCUUGGGGAUUUUCACCACAUGGACACAACAGAAUGUUGCUGACAAUUAUAAGCCUCCUUCUUCCAUGCAGUGAUAUAUAAAAUGGCUUCUGCCAAAUGAACAAGAUUUAAUUGUUUUUUAAUUUUUAGAAUAUUGUAGCUAGAUACUCCAGUCUCUGCUUUACACCGGACUUUGAUAGAGUGAGUGGCACUGAUAGCUGAUCUUUCACCUUUCCAUGAGACCCUAAACGAGGCAUAUUUAUUGUUAAGAACAAGUUAAGAACUAUUGAAGACCUUAACAGGUACUGAAGAACAGUCUCUGUCACUGUUUACCUCCGGAGGGGUAAAAAGGAUUUAAUCUGGUGGCAUAAGAACCCUGAAAUAAAUCUCUUAGCUACGAUUAGAGAUGAAAGACAGAUUAGCAUGGGCAGGAGAGUUGAACUCUUUUUCUCCGUCUCCAUUGGCGAGUCAGUGUGAAGACAGGACAACCAGAGACCUCAGGAAAUCAGUAUUUCCAUCAUCCUCAGGAUGUCUGAUUCAGAUUGCUCCUGCAUGCCUUGGACACAUGCCCGUAAUCAGCUUACGAGCUUCCCUUGACCUACGCUUCUUUUCCUAAUGCUGAUCUGACUAUGGCUGUCCUCAAAGUAAAAUUCACCAAAACUAAGAGGGACAAACUGGCCCAGAUCUUAUGGAUACUCAACUGGGUUUCUGUAGUGAGCGGGAUCAUUCUCUUCAGUCUUGGCCUCUUUCUGAAAAUAGAGAUCAAGAAGCGCAAUGAAGUGAUGGCAAAAGGGGACAUUAACUCUGUCCCCAACAUGCUGAUCUCUGUGGGGGUCAUAGCAUGUAUCAUCAACUUUCUGGGUGGAAAAAUCUGCUAUGACUGCUCAGAUGCCAACAAGUUCUCUCGAUGGAAACUUGUUAUGCUGCCAUAUAUCGUAUGUACCUUCUGUUUUACCUUCUGCAUCCUGGUGGGUGCUCUCAUGUGCUACACCAUGAAGAAUGAGCUGGAAGAGUCUCUCUACCUGGGACUGAGGGAUGCUAUUAAGUUCUAUAAAGACACAGACAUUCCUGGACGAUGUUUCUUAAAGAAAACAGUGGAUUUGUUACAAAUUGGAUUCCAUUGCUGCGGAAACAAUGGCUUUAGAGACUGGUUUGAAAUUCAGUGGGUAUCUGCUCGUUAUCUGAAUAUGGCUUCUAAGGAGGUUCAAGACCGUCUAAAGAGCAAUGUUGAUGGGAAGUUCCUGGUGGAUGGAGUACCCUUCAGCUGCUGCAACCCCAGCUCCCCACGGCCCUGCAUCCAGUACCAGCUGACCAACAACAGUGCUCACUACAACUAUGAUUUUCUGACGGAGGAGCUCAAUAUCUGGGUGAAGGGGUGCCGAGAGGCCCUGCUGGAUUACUACACCACUAUUAUGCGAUCGAUUGGCAUUGCAGCAUUGCUUAUUUGGUUGUUUGAGCUCUGUGUACUUAUUGGUGUUCGGUACCUACAAACAGCCAUGAAGAAUGUCCUUCUGCUCGGAGAUCUGGAGGGUGAAUCAGAUGGUUGGUUACUAGAAAAUAGUUUUGUGGAAACUGCCAAAUACAACAUCAGUAUCAUUAAGAACCUCGGCAAAGCCAACCAGAUCUCCACUGUAUCAGGCAUGAAUGACCCUAACAUUAAUGUUCAAAACACAGACUGUGGCAAAACCAAUGUUUCAACAAAAUCUAUCCCUGCAGCUAGGUAGGCAAACCUUUGAAGGAAUGACAUCACAAGUUUAGCUUUGCUGUAUUACAGUACUACAGUUACCAGAUUUUUCACUGGUGGGGUAAAAAAGGAAAAAAAAAUGAAGACAAUUGAACAAACCACAGACUGGUGACAGCUCCAAAACUGCUGAUUUUUUCAUCAACUUCUUUGGAUGGAUGCAUUUUUACUUGUGAAAUCCCUGAUUUUCAACACCGCACAAAACUUUUGGAAUUUUUCCCAUUUUCUCUCUUUACCUACAGAAUUCUAUCAUGGUCUGAACAUGCCAGAGUAAUCACUAUGCAAAAGCAAAUGUUCCAGAGAGGAUGAGUCUACAUCUACUAACAUACACAUUAGUCUAAUAUGUACCAAAGUUUGUCCUUACUGUCAUUACACCUACAGAAAUCCCAGCAAUGGAAAUUCCCAAAGGAAUUAUUACACUUGACAAGAAGAUUCUUUACAAAAAAGAGAAAAACUGAAAUGAAAGCUCUGUUAGUCCAAGAUAGGAGAGGAGAACUUUUAGCUGAAAUGUACCUAUAUUGCAGCCCUUCUAACAGAACCUACUAGCUAGGUGAAACGGAAGGCAAUGAAAGUUACUGUAAUGUAUUUCAUUUAUAUUUCCCAAAAAGUCUGAAGUAUGUCUUCAUUUUUCCCCCUCCAUAGUCUAGGCAAAGCCAGCUGCCACACCUCCCUGUAAGUCAAAGGGUACUGCUGAAAGGAGUUCUCUGCUUAAGGCAACUGACAGCUCCUGCAAGGAUAUUUGAAAUUCCAAGUAGCAUGUGAUAGCCCUAGUUUAAAAACAAGUAGAUACUUCCCCUAAAACAGACACUGAUGAUCCUAGAUGCUUACGAGCUCCUCAUUUCAAAAGAACUUAACACAUUGAUUCAGGGGCAGGAAGAUAAGGGACUAUGUGAAAUCAAUGAAGGCAAAGUCAGACUGACAGCUCUCCCACCACACUCCUAGAACAGCGCUCAGGAACUUUGUUAAUGUUUGGAGUGAAAGCCUUCAAUGCUCAAGACACUUGUAGUUACAGGAUGCCCUAUGACACUAAUUCAUCAUUAGUAGUAAGCAGGAAAAACAUAUCAAUACAAAAUAGAGGUUAAAAGACAAAAUAAAGUAUUUUACUUGUUACUGCUG